AGAGAGAUAGAUACAAACAGCGAGUGAGAGAGAGAGCGCAGAGGAAAACGCAAGAAAAACAAGGAGACGGGAGAAGGAACAGGAAGAUUUUUAAAAAGUCGAUAAAAGCUGAUUCAGAGGAGGCUCCGGACAAGCGACUGCUGCGCAUCAAAGGAGGGACCUUACUGGGACCUUAUUGGAGACAAGCGCCAACAAAACCCCAGGCGGAAUAGAACGGUGACACUCCAGAGCUCCUCUGCCCUCCUGAGGAUUCAGUGAGACAGGCGGAUCUGUGCGCCCGACCAUGGCCUUCCCAUCAGCCCCCUCCGCAUUAUGGAGUGUCAGCUUAUUGACAGCACUAUUCCUAGCUGCAGUUCACAGCAAUGUUGUCUAUGACGAAGACCCCUUGCAGCCAUUGACCUCAGAUGAGACAGUGUCCGUGGGGGGCACGGUGACACUGACCUGUCGGGUGGCCGAGAGUGACAACUCCUCGCUGCAGUGGUCCAACACUGCACAACAGACCCUGUACUUUGGAGAGAAGAGAGCGCUCAGAGAUAACCGCAUCCAGCUGCAUCACUCGACGCCCACUGAGCUCUCCAUCACCAUCUCCGACGUGCAGCUGUCCGAUGAGGGCGAGUACACCUGCUCCAUCUUCACCAUGCCGGUCCGCACCGCCCGAGCCACCGUCACUGUGUUAGGUGUGCCCGGUAAACCACAGAUCACAGGCUUUGAGAACGCCGUGCCAGAGGGGGGCAAAAUCACCCUGACCUGCACCAGUACUGGCAGCAAACCUCCUGCCAGCCUGCGCUGGUACCGAGGAGACCAGGAGCUGAACGGGCAUCCAGAAGUGGUGGAGUCCAUUCCAGACAGCCCUACGUACAAUGUGAGCAGGGAGCUCACCCUCAACGUGAGCCGCAGCGACAACAACGCCUUCAUCACCUGCGCUGUCCACCAUCCCUCUCUCACCCACGGGGAAAAGAGGAGUGAGCAGGCUCUGCGGGUGUUGUAUUCCCCUAAUGUGGACAUCCGUGCCGAGAGCAACCUGCCCAGAGAGGGAGAGAAGUUUUACCUUCAGUGUUUGGGCAACGGCAACCCCGAGCCCACCUACACUUGGGAGAAGAAGGAUGGAGAGCUCCCCCCACUGUCCAAAGAAGAUGGUGCUUUUUUGCACUUCGAGAUGCUCAACAAAUCAGAUAACGGCAUCUACCUCUGCCACGCCCACAACAGCAUCGGAAAAAGCCAGGGAGAGUACACACUCGGUGUGCAAGAUGCUGCAGACAACAUUGCAGACCCCACAGCCAUGUCGACCUCAUCAGGAGUGGACCACGCUGUGAUCGGAGGGGUGGUGGCUGUUAUUGUCUUCAUCCUGCUCUGCCUCCUCAUCGUCCUUGGCAGAUACCUCAUCAGACACAAAGGAACGUAUCUGACCCAUGAGGCCAAAGGCUCAGACGACGCCCCCGAUGCUGACACGGCCAUCAUCAACGCAGAGGGAGGCCACUCUGGAGCAGAGGACAAAAAGGAGUACUUCAUUUAGAUAGAGGA